CCAUCUCCUUCGAUUCCAUAAUAACCAAACAACUAAAUCCAUUUCAUUUUCCUUCUUUGGCGAAUGAAAAAUUGAAAACCCCUGCUCUCUUGCUCCGGGGUUUUAGGCGUCGGCUUCUACUGGGUAAAGGCUAUUACUUCAGAGGGUUCCAUGGCCAAGCCAUUGUUGACUCUUGAUAAUGGCACCACCUGCUCUUCCUGGAACUACUGUGGUGAGAGACUCGCUGCUGGUUCCGCCGAUGGAACACUUUCCAUCUUUGAUUGUCGCGACCCAGCGUCCUCUUCCUCCCUCCAAUCUACAUUCAAGUCUAAGAUUUAUGAAGGAAACAUGGUGAAGAUUGUUUGGCUUCCUCCAGAGCAUGGGGAUGCAGUUGCAUGUAGUUUUGCUGAUGGAAUUAUGUCUUUGUGGGAGGAAGUUGCAGAAGACUCUCAGCCUUUUCAGUGGAAGAUGUGCAAAAGCUUUGGAAGCAGUUCAAGCAAAGUCCUUGAUGUUCAGUUUGGAAUGUCUUUGACUAUAUUGAAAAUGGUGGCUGCAUAUUCAGACGGUUAUGUGAGAGUGUAUGAGCUCUUGGAUCCAUUGGAAUUGAAAAGCUGGCAGCUUCAGGCUGAAUUUCAGAAUGUAAUUGACUUGGUAUCUGCAUUUGGGAAGGCUGCAUGCUUCUCUGCAUCCAUAUCUUGGAAUCCCCAGAAAGGUGGAAGCCAGGAAUCCAGCUUUAUUAUAGGUUACAAUUCAAAUACAUCAGAGCUCAACUCGUCUAAGGUUUGGGAAUUCGAUCAGGCUCAUCAAAGAUGGCUUCCGGUGGCUGAACUGGCACUGCCUGAGGACAAGGGUGAUCAGGUUUAUGCUGUUGCAUGGGCGCCAAACAUUGGCAGACCGUACGAGACAAUUGCAGUUGCAACUCACAAGGGACUUGCAAUAUGGCACCUUGGAUUGAACCCUCAUGAUGGGAGGCUCCCAGUUGAGAGAAUUGCACUCUUGUCAGGACACGAGGGCGAGGUGUGGCAGAUGGAAUGGGAUAUGAGUGGAAUGACUCUGGCUACUACAGGUCAUGAUGGAAUGGUUCGGUUGUGGCAAUCUAACCUCAACGGUGCUUGGCAUCAGCAGGCUGCUUUACAGCCCACCUCUUAGUCCUUUUACUCCUCUUGUACUUAACCAUUUCCAUAUGGUAAACAAGUCUCUUCAGGUUUUUUGGCCUCUGUGGGGAUGCUUAGAAACACUAAUUAAUUAUUGUUGCUCCUGCCAUUCGAUUCAGGUUAAGUUUGUUCUUGAGGAAAGCGAGUGAAUCGAAUCCCCCUCCCUCAGAAGAAAAGAAAAAAUAGCGUAUAUGUGUACAAGCUUCUUUGACAUGGAGCUGUGUGUGUCGUCUUGAUGUCUCCAAAAUCAAAUAUAUAUUCAAUGAGAUGCAAACCUUUUUCCA